AUGUAUCGGACGAAGCACUUUAGGUGGAAGCUGGUCCACAUCUUCAAUAUCCUGUCCCACUUAGGUCUCGCUGUUGCCGCGUCUAUCAGCUAUAUCUGCGACCUCAGCGAGAGCACAAGGUCACGGCAAUCACAAUGGAGCUAUUCGUUGACCAAUGCGAACCCGUGUCACGUCGCUCUGCAGAGCGAAUUUGGAGACGGGCUAAUGUUCGAUAUGGCAGCCCGCACCUUGCUAAUGACGUGCUUGGUCGUGGGAGCUCUGGGGCUCGCCCUCAAUGCCGGGCUCUUUAUCGUCCUCUUGGCCGUAGAGCCCAACAGGAUCACAUUGACGGAGAGCGAACAACACUGGCGCAAACAAAUUGUCACCUUUUUCGGCUGCGUCCUCAAUCUACUCUUGGCGGGUGCGGGCAUCGGCCUAGCUCUGGGCAUGAAGGAGGCCGAGUCCAAGGCGUUGAUUCUUGCGCUGGUUUGGGCAUCAAUACAGGCGCCAGUGGCUUUUCUGACGGCUGUCUCGGAUGCCGUCAAAAACUACCGGGAAGGGAAGGACCUCCUUGACUGA